AUGAUUCUCAUCGCAAUCAGUCGCUUUAUUCAUCCAGUCGGUGGACUCGAGUUUGUUGACGAGCUUCUGGAUUCAGCCGCCAUCUUAACCGUGCUAGAGAUGAUCUCCCUGAAGAAGACAUCGGAUGAAGACAGAAUCCAAGGCGUCGAUCUUUUGCAGUGUAUCUCCGAAAACGGCAUUCAGGCGAAAGAAAUUCUCUGCAAAUCCGGUUGCAUUCGCGUUAUCUGCGAAGCAUUGGCAGUGACCGAGAAUGCUGAACUUGUUGAAAAAAGCCACAAGUUGUUGGUGGGUAUCUCUACUGGCAACCCAAAGUAUCUUUCACACGUGUAUCGGGCUUUUAUCGCACUUCUUCCAUGUGACUCGCCAGGCGCCGUUCAUCUAGCGCUGCGUAUGUUACGCUCUGUUCAGUACGAAGUGGAACCCAUUAAAGAAAUAGCAGCGCCGCUAAUACAAUACGGAUUUGGUUCGAUGCAUGGAGAAAUUCGCUACGAAGCUCGUCAUUUGGCUCUCGACCUUCUGAAGACUGAUAUUGCUCCGCAUAUUUACCAGGCGAUUUAUAAGGCAAUGAUAGACUGCGAAGAGUGGAUUACCAUCAAUUUCGUCAGGCAGGCCUGUGCUGUCAAGAUGAUCGAUGAAAUCCUGAUGACUUUCCCGGAAGAACAUCUUCAAAAAGUGCUCGUCGAAAAAUGCAUUAUCGGGAGACUUUUACUCACGCUAGCUUGCGUCAAAUACAAGGAAACACAGAAAAACUCAGCUCUUGCGUUAUCAACGCUGGCCAUCCGUAUACCAUCUGUAACGCCUGUAAUAACCAGCUCUCUCGGUACUCUCGCGGAACAUUUCCCAGACGAUGCAAAAAUGAUCUUCACAAAGAUGACGGAAGACGAGGCAGAAGCUAUACGCACAAUUGGAAAAGGCAUGCUCGAGGGACAGCAAUUGUAG